AUGGGAGUCAUCGGCGUCCGCCCCGGGGUCCCGGGCAAGCCGGCGCUUUCGGCACUUCCGCCCCAUCCCACGAGGGGCCAUUGCUCCCCAUUCCAGUGUCACUCGACAGAGAUGCCAUCUCCACCGGAUGACCAACCAGCACGCUCCGCGUCCGCUAAUCGUCUCUUGGACCUCGCAUCCAGCUUACCUAUUUCGAAUGAAGCAGCGGAGAAGACGCUGGCCCAUUUUCGGACUGAGAAUUUAAAGUUCCUCCCCUUCAUGCAUAUCCCUUCUCAUUACACAUCCUACCAGUUUCGCCAAGAGAAGCCAUUUACGUGGUUAUGUAUCAUGGCUGUCUCUUACCCUGGUUACCACAGCAAGCGAGAUGUGCUUGUUUCUAAAAUCACGGAGUUGAUUCAUACCGAGUUGAUGGUCGAGGUCGCGCCGAGCAUGGAUAUGCUUCUGGGUAUCAUUACCGCUAUUACCUGGGUCACUUACUCAAAGAGGCCAUUCCUGAACUUCUACUGCCAUAUGUUGAUGGGCAUUGCGUGCGACUUGGGGAUCAAUAAGGCAAUCUCCAAGGAUCAAUCUAUCAUGCAACAAUUCAAAUCGGCAGUGGGGAUGAGGUAUCCACACAGUACGGUCAGAACACUAGAGGAGCGAAGGGCUGCCCUGGGAGUAUUCCUCAUUACGUCAAGCACUGCGUUAUGCCUGGGAAGGAUCGACGCUCUCCGAUGGACUUCACAUAUGGAAGAGAGUUUGACCGUGCUGCUGAAGGCUAAAGAAUGCCCCGAAGACGAGCUUUUGGUGUAUCUGGUCAAGAUACAAUUGGUUAUGGAUAAAGUCUACCACGCCCGGCGAGACGGAGAAGAUCAGUCCCUGGCUCGGUUCUACAUUACAUCCAGCCAGGCCCAACUCAACUCCGUACGGAGUCAAAUCCCACCCCAUCUAAUUAAUACAAUCCCUAUCAUAUUGCACCUCAAUUCGGCGGAACUCAUCAUCCACGAGACCGCUAUGCAGGCCCCUUCCAUUCCGAAUUCCCCUCAACUCAAUCGUCUGGAAAGUCUUUAUACUUGUCUUCAAGCCGACAAAGCUUGGAUGGACUGCUGGCUAUCUAUCCCCCCAGCGACCUACCAGGGCAUCCCUUUCAAUAUCUUCUUCCAAUUCUCUCGAGCACUUGUAUCUCUCUACAAGCUUUCGACCCUGGACGACCCGGCCUGGGACAAGCAAAUGGUUCGAAAUACCAUAAAUGUCCUGGAUGUCCUUGACCGCAAUGCAUUUAAUAUGAAACGGUGUGCCGAAAUGAUUGAUAUAGAUUUAGAUCCGGAUUGGAGCAUCUUUGAGAAAGGCUGCAGAAUGAUCGCCUCGAUCAAACAGAGCUGGGAACCGAAACUCAUGGAGGUGUGGUAUCCUACCAUCCCCCCGAAGGGCUUGACGGCGGUCAGUUUCCAUCCGGGCCCGAGCUUCCUGGUGCGAUACCCAUGUCUGGUUUCGAUGAUGCAUGGAUGA